UCACAGCCAAAACACAAAACAAAAACCCCUCUCAAUCAUUUUAAAACCCAAUAUUUUUUUAAAAAAUUCAAACAUUGUCUGUAUAUCACGAGGAUGAACCAGUUAUAAUAAUAUACAAAAUUUAAUUUGUUUUUGAUUGAUUUAAUUAUUGAUUGAUUGAAGUCAUCAAUCCAUCAAUUAAUUAAUUAAUCAAUCGAGAAUUAAUUACUACUUCAUUUUUCACCUACAUUGUGCGGAUCUAAUCCGCAUUUCAAGAAAUGCGAAUCAAUUUAUCAUUUGCUGCAUACAUCUGAAAAAUCAACGAUUAGAAUCUGCAUUUUGUGGAUCAUAAUUGGAUGUUGAUUGUUAAUUUUGUUAGAAUUUGAGGAUUUUUUUGUUGAGAUUUGAUUAAAAUUGCGAUAGAAUGGAUUCGAUAUCGGCGGUUAGUGAAGAGCUAGGUCAGAUUGAUGGCGAAAUAGCUGACAUUUUUCGAGCUUUGUCAAAUGGAUUUCAGAAGUUGGAGAAGAUUAAGGAUGCUAACAGGCAGAGUCGUCAACUGGAAGAGCUUACCGGCAAGCUACGGGAUUGUAAGAGGCUUAUCAAAGAUUUUGACAGAGAAGUGAAGGAUUCGGAGGGUAGAAAUGACCCAAACACAAAUAGAAUGCUGAAUGACAAAAAGCAAUCGAUGAUAAAAGAGCUGAAUUCAUAUGUUGCUCUUAAAAAGCAGUAUGCAACCAAUUUAGAAAACAAUAAGAGAGUUGAUCUCUUUGAUGGGCCAGGUGAAGAUUUAAAUGAAGAAAAUGUGUUGCUAGCUUCAGCUAUGACCAAUCAGCAGUUAAUGGAUAAUGGCAAUCAAAUGAUGACCGAGACAGAUCAAGCAAUUGAGAGGGGUAAAAAGAUCGUUCAAGAGACCAUUGGUGUUGGAACAGAUACUGCAGCAGCACUUAAGGCUCAGACUGAACAAAUGAGUAGGAUUGUUAAUGAGCUUGAUUCUAUCCAUUUCUCAAUCAAAAAAGCUUCUAAACUGGUCAAAGAAAUUGGUAGGCAGGUUGCAACUGACAAGUGCAUCAUGGCAAUGCUCUUCCUUAUUGUCGCUGGAGUUGUAGCUAUCGUCAUUGUAAAGCUUGUGAACCCAAACAACAAGGACAUUCGGGAUAUUCCUGGAUUAGCACCUCCAGCUCAGAAUCGCAGAUUACUGUGGAAUCCUAUUUAAAACGCUGGUUACAUUUGUCCGACUCACCGGCUUGUCAAGAUACUUCAAAAUCAGUAGUGAAACAGUUAGCCGCUUUUUAUGUUGUUAGCAGGUAGCGAUCUGGCGUUCUACUAUCAGUUUCGUGGUGUUGUAUUUCGGUAAAAACUGACUUCCCCAAAUACUUUCCUCCACAGUAUUGUUGUAGCUAAUAUGAUAGCUUAAAUUGGAAGAAGCCUUCACGGGUAUUACCAGAACGAUAGAGAUUAUUCUCCAACCGAAGAAAAACCUAAAUCUGUAUUCUGUGUGUAUUAGUUCAUAGCAUCUUUAAUCACCUUUAUGUGAUUUUUGUUCUUUUAUUCUUCAGCUUUAUAAUAUAUUUGAUUUAUAUGUA